AACUAGGAGGCGGAGUGCUGACGUAUGUUAGUGCGUAAUGCCAAGGCAAGGCAUGUGGGCCUAUAUUAGGAAGCCUGCACAUCAGCACAGAUUAUUUAAAGAGCUUGCAAAGACUUUGCAGUCAUUCGUAAUCUUGUCGUUUGUGUUUCGUGUAACUUGUGCAGUGUAGACAGUUUUUUUUAUCAUUCGACCUAGAAGUCUACCCCUGGAAAAGCCUAAUCAACCCGAAAAACAGUCAGAACAGCUGAAAAAGACCUCAGAAGAAUCAGAAAAAGUCAGUACUAAAUCAAGUAAGCAGAAAAUGGCACUAGCAAUGGUCAGUACACCAGACGCCGCAAAGGAAUUGUUCGGUGGAUUAUGGGACCAAAACACAGACCUUUAUCAGGCUUAUCAGAAUUUGACCACAACCAAACCAGAAAAAACUUCCAGUUUCUCCUACCAUGACUCUCGACCCUCAUCCAGCUGUGGGAUCCGGGGGACUCAAAUGCCAUACAUUCCAGUCACAACAUCCUACAUACCAGUAACCUGUGCUCCGUCUACAUCCUACAUUCCCAUCGCUAGCAGCACCCCGUCCUACGUUCCCGCCGCGUGUCCUACCCCUCCUACCUACAUACCCCCUACCAGCGUCUCUCACGCUAGCCCCAUCUCAUGUGGAAGCAGCACCUGCAGCGACACCAGUAAAACUGAAAGCAUGGACAGUUCCAGCAGUUUUAGCGGGGCACCCGGACCUAUUACUGGCGCUUCUGUUAACGACUCUAUCAACAUGGCCCUCCUACUUCUUCAUCACUCUCAAAAGAAAAUUCUAUCGAAAGAUGAAGAAGAGAAGCGUAGGAUAAGGAGAGAAAGGAAUAAGAUCGCAGCGACUAAGUGUCGGCAGAAAAGACGAGCACAUAGCACCAAUGUGGACAGCGAAUAUAACCAGGUUAUCGCUAAAACGAAGCACCUGGAAGAGCAAAUCGGGGCUUUACAGAGAGAAAAAGAAGAGCUGAAACAGCUGCUGGAGACCCACUACUGCCACAAACCCACCACCCCGGGCUUCUCACAAGAUCUCCCUCCCUCCACCUUCGCUGAACUAUUCGUCAAAAGAGAGCCUGAGACGCCCAGUAUGAAGCAAGAGCUGGAUCCUUUCAACUGACGGACUAUUAUUUGAGCUGUUUUUAAUAGCUGUUUUCGGGUUGGAAAUAGGCUUUUUCUUCAGAUUACUUCAAGUCGAGUGUUUUUAUGAUAUCAGUGUUAAUACUUAAGAACGCUGGUUUUGUACUCAGAAUCUGUACCCUUUAUUGGUGUUGGGACAGAGAUUUUUAUGGAACACGAGGGAGUUUAACUGAAAUGGAGGUUGUAUGCUACUAAAAAUAAUACUUGGAUUCUUGGACACUUAUAAACUGACUAUGUCGAACAAUUGUUAGCGUACUCUAGUGGUUACCAUGGUAACGUGGCUCUAGUCCUCCUCAUCUUAGUAGGGUAUAUUUUUGGGGUUUUUAAUCUAAAAAAGGAAUAAUUACGAUGUGUUACUUGUUAGUUAUUUAGAUUUAACUGAGUGUUUUAUGACUGUUUGACCAAUGAUUUGUUAAGUUUCCUACUUAUUUUUACGGUUAAAUUCACUUCAAAUUUUAAACUUCCGGAUGGGUGACAUAGGUUAAAGUUUUGUAAAAUUUUUACAUGUUUUUCAGCAUUUAUAUGGUCCGCAUGUAGGAUGCGGAUUCACCCUGUGUUUUUUUUUCUAAUCUGCUUAUUUAAGAUUAUCAAGUAAUUUAUUUUUGUUUUGAAA